UAACACUUUGCUUAUGCCGAAAUAAUACUACGUGAAAAAAAAUCGCGGCUGUUGUAUUUUGUUUUGUUCCGUUUGAAUCCGUUUGAAUUUAAUUUGUUUCUGGCAAAAGAAUCCACAAAUACGUUUUCAUCAAUGAUGAAAGAAGGUGACAAACAUGUAAUGCUGACAGCUUAAGGUGACAAUGUUACUAUACCGAGUAUAUGUGUCAAGUGGUUGGCAAGGUAACUCGGCCAAGAUAUUUCUAGAUAGAGUGCAACACGAAGGGUGGACGAUACGAUUGAAUAUUGAUCCUAGUGACCCAGAAACAAUACAUAUGAAGGUAAGAGGAAGUGUAUAAUUGAUAUGGAUGUAUCUUAUUUUGAAGGUAAACUAACGAUCCUAGUUCUGAUACUGAUUCCCAUGGCAAGCUUUGGUAGCCCGGUCCCGACUUCUCGGUACGAGGAAUGGAGAGACCCCUGUGUGGGGACCCCCAGACAAGCCCCCAUGGCUGAGCUCCCUGACUUCCUGCGAAACGACACCCCACCCCCUCAGUCACUUCCUCAGACCCUGGGAGAAUUGGUCAACCAGAUGAAAGAGGCCCGGGAUAAAGUUCAGGAGCUCAAACAAAACUACACAACCUCGGGCCGAAUUUCUCAGGGUGGCUGUAACAACCUGGACGCACCCUACAUAAAACUAGACGGCUUCCCAUCCGCCCCCGCCUUCCGAGGAGCCAUGCGCAUGAUCUCAGAAAUGAACUUGACGGACAUUUUACUGACAGACUACCAAAAGCUGUCGGUGGUAAUGGUCUUUAUAGAACAAGCCCGCUGGGACGAGGAGGCCUUCGAGAGCAGCUAUUUCUUACCGGCGCUCAACGCCAUCUACCGGAACAUCAAGUCUCUGCUCUGUGUGCUCUCAAACGCUCUGAGGACCCGAAACGCCGAGGUCAGCGAGGAGCACUACGCCAGGAGAGAGUUCGCCAUGAACCAGCGGUACCGAACCAUGUCACGGUCCGAUAACCACGAUCGGGACUACAUCAUCAUGAGGGACAGCUACAAGUUCUUCAGCAACCUGAUCCUCAAGUACACAGCCCUCAAGGAUUUCUUGUCCACCUCUGACCAGGCUGUGUAGACUUUUGUCGUGUUGUGAGGAUUUUUGUUUUGUUGUGAGUGCAAUUUGAACAUUGUUGUAAUUAAGAAAAUGGUUUACACGCAGUUUGAAUUAUAAUCCGCGUUGUUAUAUGUUUGUGUUACUGUACAAAAUAAUGUCCGCCCAAAAUGUGUUAUUUGUUGCUUUUUGAAAAAAUAUAUUUUUUAUUUACAUAUCAUUGAUUGUUGAUAGAUAUUUUACUUUACAAAAAUGUCACUUUUUACACUGUUGUAUGUAAUUUUUAGGUCAUUUGUAUACGUAUUUUGUACUUUUCUAUUUAUGUCCUUUGUAGUAUUUAUAGUCUAUUAGCCUAUACAAAUGUGUCUUUUUGAAUCAGUUGUGCUACCUCGAUUUUUGAUGAUUCUGAUUUAUAACCGAUCCUCAGGAACCAAAAGAUGGCCCUAUGUUUGUAAUAUUUGUAAUCACUAUUCAUGUCACUGAGCUUUUUUAUCGACUUUAAUUUUAGUGGGUUUCCAUUUUACAUUUUAAUAAUACAUGUAGUUUGUUAGAUAUACAUAUUUAUUCUUUCAGUAUAUACAUGCAUCUAUGGUUCAAUAUCAUGCUUUGUUUAUUAAAUCUUGGAUUUGCUGAUACUUAUGUAUAUACUACUUGGAAACAAAUCCAAUACCUCCCUAACUUGGGAUAUCAUUAAUGUUUCCUUUUCACGUCAUUAAAUCCGACAUUGUAAUAAAAGAAAUCAGACUAGGUUUUCAUAGUUUCCUUUGCUUUUUUGGUUUAUAAAAAAUACAGAUGAGAUAUCUAUUAUAAAACACAGAUGUUCAAUAAAAGUAACCGGCUAAAUCGCAACGGUUUUAGAAAACAAGAUUUUACUACUAGAACCCCGUAAUUAGUUGCAAUUUUUCUUUAGUUAUAACAAAUUUAUAUAUAAUGUUUUAUUUUCCCUUUAACAACACACUGUAUUUUGCGACAUUUCAUCUUAUUUAUAAAGUUGCACUGUCUCAAAUACUUUAAACUACAUGAUAUUGAAAGUGUUAUGCUAAGAAUUGAAAAAUAAACCUGUUUUUACAUUUGC